UUUUUCGGAUGUGUGUCGAUAAUAAAACAACUUAAAAUGUUGCAAGCGCGGUUGCUUCAAAACACGUCCCUGAAAAACCAGAGGACAACUUAAGACAGCUUUCUCCAGCUGGACAUGUCACAAACACCUAUGAGACACCAUGGACCAAGACUCGGAGCGUGCUCGGUUUGUGGAUGCCCACUGGGCAACACUUGUCCAGAAAGUUAUCACGGUGAUGCCGAUAGCAGAUGAGCUGCGGUCAGGUGGCAUGCUGGCAUGGGAGCCAUACUGUGAGAUCAGAGCAGCAGAUACUGACCAGGAGAAAAUGAGAGAGCUUUAUAAAGUGCUGAACUCUGGUGGAGACAAGGUCAAAUCUGCCUUUUAUUCUCAACUGGUAAAGCAGGAGCCAUGUCUGUUUGAAGCCUUGGGUAGCAUUGCACAAACCACAGAAGCUCUUAUAGAAAGCUUGAACAAAUAUAAGAAGUGGAUCCAGAGGGAAUAUCAAUAUGUGACUGAGUAUAACUCUCUGCCUGGUGAAUAUGUGCUGCUGUCCGAACGCUACACGCAACCUCUGAUCACCAUGAAACACAGAGAGAAAGAGCAAGAAGAAAAGAUGUGCUCUGUGGGAGGGAGUUUCCAGCAGCUCCUUAUCUCCAGGAAUAACGCAGACAAGGACAGCUCCAUCCUGGAUGUGCUUUUCAGUGCCGAUAAUAAGGGAAUCAGUCCUCGUUCUGUCAUUCUCCAAGGAAACUCUGGGAAUGGCAAAUCCUUCACCGCUCAAAAGAUCAUGCUGGAUUAUGCAUCUGGAAACAUUCGCAGAGAGGAAUUUGAUUGUCUGUUCCACUUGAAAUGCAAAGAACUGAACCUCAUAUCUGGAGAGCAAAGCUUGGCAGAGCUUUUAAGUCACAACUCUAAUUUAGCAUCAGACCAGAUUUCACAGAUCCUGCAGAAGUCACCAGAGAAAGUUCUCAUUCUCAUUGAUGGAUUUGAUGAGCUCAGGUUUUCAUAUAGUGACCCCUCGAGUAUGCCCAAACUCAGCCAUGUUUCUGAAAAAGGUCCACUUGAGGCUUCUCUGAAAGCCUUGUUAAAGGGCCACAUCUUGUCUGAAUCCUUCCUGCUGGUCACCACCAGAUCUACAGCUACAAAAACCCUAGGAGGUCUGCUCAAGCACCCUCAGCGUUUCACCGAGAUUAUCGGCUUCUCCGAGAAGGAGGUAGAGGAGUACUUCCAGAGGUUCUUUCAGAAUGAAGAUCUCUCCAGGAAAGCAUUUGAGUGCGUAAAGGCGAAUGAAACCCUCAUCACCGCCUGCUCCAUCCCUGUCAUCUGCUGGAUCAUCUGCACGGUUAUGCGAGAGAGGUUCAGUGAUGGUGCAGAUGUAACAAGCGGACUGGAAACCACCACCUCCAUCUACGUUGAUUUUGUGUCCACUCUUCUGGAGCAUCACAGCCAGGGUUUGAGUCAGUCUGUCAUGAUCCUGCUGAGGAGUCUUGGUCAGCUGGCAGAGAGAGGGAUGCUGGAAAAGCAAGUGCUGUUUGAAGAGAAAAGCGUGUGUGAUACUGUUUCAGACCCUGCCGGUAGUCCGUUCCUGUGCAAGUUCCUCUUCAAGAGGAGAAUCCGCCAGGAGACAAUGUUUAGUUUCAUGCAUCUCAGCUUUCAGGAGUUCUUCACCGCUCUGUACUUCAUCUCACUGGCUGAAAGAGACUUUCUGGAUAAACUAACGGAGCGGUUCCACUCUCAAACGCAAAGCUAUCUUGAUCUAUAUUUGGAUGAGAAGUGUCCACUGAAGUAUGGAUGUCCUGAACCUCAUUUCCUGCCUGUGAUUCAGUUUCUCUGUGGUCUCUCCAAUAAAGAAGUGAGCAGCUCACUCAAAGAGACACACAAUCUGUCUGUCCCUUCCUUUGUACAAGCACAGCUAGAAGAAUGGAUCCUUCAUGUUAGCUCAAAUAGAGUUUACAAUUUCUUGCCCUUCAUUCUCCAUUGUCUCUAUGAGUUCCACGAGAAGGAGUUCGUGCAGAAAGCAAUGGAAGCUUGGCAGGAGUUAGACAUGUCCUGGGAUCAACUGAGCAGGACCGACUGCUGGGCGUUGUUGUACUGUCUGGACUGCUGUCCUCACUUCAGAAACCUGAAGCUCAACUUUGCAGCUGCGGAGCUGAAGAUGCUUCAGCCUGUAUUGUGCAGGACCCCAGAACUAGAGUUGAUGGUGCAAAAUGUUUCAGACACCGAUGUCACUGAUCUGCUCUCAGCUGUUGGAGAAGGAAAGUGGCUUGGAGAACUGAGACUGAACAACAGCUGUCUGUCAGAUGAAAGUGUGCAGCAGGUUCUUAAUGCUCUGCACAAACAGAAGAUCGUGGGUGGACUUCAGAUUGCAGUGAAGAGCAUCUCAGCUGACACUGCCCACAUCCUCACAGACUUCCUACAGAGCAAAGGGAAAUGGGAAGAGAUCAGUUUAAGGACUGAUGAUUCAGAAAGUCUCUGUUCGUCUCUACGGCUCUUCAGCUUUGAAGGAAAGCUCGUGUUGAAUGUGGUGAGAUGGUGUUCAAGCUCACAGAAUGAACCAUCACUGUCAGAAAUCAUUCUCAAAUGUCCACAUUCAAAGGCGUCCAGUAUUAAUGUCAAGAGUUUCUUGCAGGCCUUCCACAGUGUAAACUCUACAACAGAAGAAAGUGCAGAUUUUGACAGGCAGGUUGAUGCUCUGCUGUCUCAGCUGCCAUCUGUGUCUGGUUUGAGUGCGAUAAAUCUUUCCGUUCCCGUCCUGACGGAGGCUUGGGCUUCCAGAAUCCUCUUCCAUUCUUGUCCUAGACUGGCUGUGAUCAGUUUUGAUGCUGGUUCAAAAGGCUCUGAUGGUGCUGAGUGGCUCCCUGGUCUUUUAAUGGAGGAGGGAAUCAAGUUACUGAAGGAAUCUGCAAAACAUACUGAGUGCAUUGUGAACAUAAGAGGGUUCAGGUGCAGUAAAUCCUCUGAGCGCUGCACUCAUCACACCAAGCAGAUUGAGGAGCUCAGCUGCAACCAGAGAGUAACCAUUGAAUUCUGUGGAGAGAAAUGUACUGAAGACGUAAAGUCUAAACUUGAACUACCUGAUGUUAACUGA